CCUACACAAUUAUACCUGCAGACUGCAGCCACUAGGGCUUUCCUUGUACAUCACAGUCCCUAGAAAACGUAAAGCCAAAGCUUCCUCUAUGCCUUCCAUCUGUUGGCCUAAAUGUCUCAAUGAGUCAUUAUACUCCCUUGCAUCCUUAAAAGUUAAAGUCUCUAACUUUCACUUUUGCUCUUUUCUGGGGCAUAUUUUGAUUCUUUUCUUCUUCGUUUUCUUUGUUGCCCAAUUCAAUUCAUUUGUUCUAUUGUGAAGAAAGAUAUGAAAGAUAGAGGCAAAGCUGUGGAAGUAUACAACAAUGAUUUCUUCCAAGAUUACAGUUGUUCAUCAGAUCUUCCAUGCAGGAAACACCCACAAUCGUCUUCAGUUGGUAUAUGUGCUUAUUGUCUCAAGGAUCGUUUGGUGAAACUGGUGUGCUCUGAUUGCGGCGAGCAGCGGCUUUCUUCUUGUUCUUGCUCUGAAAUUUCGUCCAAUCCUCGAACUUCAUGCGCAGGUGACGUGGGUAGUGUUGGGCGGGUCUCAUUCUUAAUUGAGAAUGAAAACAGAGAUCAUGUAAUUCCAAAGUCCAAAAACAGUGGAGACAAAUCGGAAGAGGUCUUCUUCCUCAAGAGGAGUAAUAGUAGUUGUGUUGAGAUCAAGAGAAAGAAUGGGUUUUGGAAAAUUGGGAGACUGUUCAGGAGGAAGAAAGAUCAUAGAGACUGUGGGAAGAGUGUUGGUGGGAUGGAAGAUAAAAGUGAUUUGUGGGUUAUUGAUUAUGCCGGCCGCGUGUCCAGGUCCAGGUCUCUUUGCAGUUUCAGAGGAGGGUUUUUGGGGUCAGAAGAUGGAGGUGACUUAAUGAACUACUCCGGUGCCCGGAGCUCUAUCUCUGCCGCUAGGAGCUCAAGCGUCAAUGGCGGUCUGGUUUUUGAUCCCGACAGAAAAAGUGGGUUCAGUGAAGCAGAGCCGAGGAAAAGUGGGUUUGACAGUGAUAGAAGAGACAGUACUGAUAUUGGUCCUGAUGUUAAGGGCGGCUUCACCGGAGCAAACCGCCGUGUCUUUUCACUCAAGGAGAGUUUCUUCUCUGGUGGUGAUGAUUCCGGUUUCAUUGAUUUGAAAUUUGAUUUCCAACCAGAAUCAAAAGGGGAUGUCUCUGCUCUUAAGAAGGGCGUUCUGGCAGAUUCUAAGUCUGCUUUUGGUAGCAUGAAGGUUGGUGAUUUUGUCCCACCAGAACCCAGUGAGAGUACCCUCGCUGGAGAUGGGACCUUUUUCAAUGGGGGAUCAUGUAGGAUCACGGUGAAUGACAGGGGAAUUAAGAAGAGCAGGAAGAGUUUCAAGGGAUGGCGGUGGAUUUUCAAGCACCAUCAAACUUGGGCAAGCAAUCCUAGGAAAAAGGACGGAGGAGAGCUUACCGUUAAUCCCUGAUAUUAUAGCUUAGGACAACCUUCAAUCUAUGUUAUUUUGUGCUACUAUUUUCAUGUGUAUUUUGGUUUUUCUUUUCCUUUCUAAUGUAGUUAUGUCGAUUAUUAUGCAAUG